AGAUAAAACGAGGGAGGGAUUGAUUGCAGAGGCAACAGAAAAUAGAGUACAAGAGAAGGCGACAGCGGCAGGAUUUGAAGACACAGAUUCCAGUCAUGCCUCGCCACUUUACUACUAGACAUUGAAAAGAGUGCAGACGUUCUGCGAGACUCAGAAUACAGGAGACAGACGGGCUGUCAAUGCACUGACAUACUGGAGAGAGAGAGAGGUACAGCCAAACGACUGCUGUCUCUUCACCCAAGCACUAGAACUUAAACAGCGUAACAGUCGCAUGGAACAGAGGACUCGGAACAAUGACGAUAGACAGUCAUCGCCCAAGGGACUGUUCUAAAUCUGCAGUCAGAAAGCCCGAGAGGGAGAGCACAGAGAGCUGGAAAGAAUAACUACAUAUCAACUCAAGAAGAGACUACAUAUCCUUUGUCCUCUACAUAGUUCUACCUUUCGCAAGACAGCAGCUAUACAAAGAGUAACAAAGAAUGGGCAACUGGGACCAGCGCGACACACGCAACGUGCAAUGAGAGCAUGUGACGCAAAGCACAACUCCGACAGCACCACGAAUAGACUGCUCCAUCAGAUACAAUUCACACGGCACUGGCAAUAGAUGGAACUCAUUGAUCCGUAGACUUACAUAUCGGAUAUAUGGACAUCAUAGCUUAACACAUCAGUCAUUAUAGUAGGGAUUUGUGUAAUUAAUUACACCGCACAAGGAGCAUAUCUCACUCAACAAUAUCCACCAGAGAAGCCUGGACAUUGGGGCUUUUUUUUAUCACUCAACGGAGUUGGAACUUCUCUUUACGAUGACGGAGAUAACAGAAAUUGAUCCACAAAAUUGCGAGCAACGGCCGCCAGAGACCAGCGUCAGUGGAAGCCAUGGGCUACCAGAAAGCAAGCUCCAGCGUUUCCGUCGCUCCAUCUCUUUGAAGACCAUUCUUCGCAGUAAAAGUGUAGAAAAUUUCUUUCAGCGGCCAAACAGCGAACUCAAAGUCCAAACCGACGUCCUGCUUACUCCUCCGGUGCCGCCGCCACCGCCGUCUCCCCCACCUCUCGCCAACGAGGCCGUUCCUCAAGCUGAGCAGUCCCCGCACCCCUGCCACAAGCCCCUCUCGCUCUUGCAGCCUGUUCGCACUCACAGCUUCCAUGACCAUGUCUUCAAGAAGCAGUGCCCAUGCCAUCUAUGCCACCAGAUCAUUGUUGGCAACUCCAAGCAGGGUUUACGCUGUAAGAUGUGUAAGAUAGGGGUUCAUCUGUGGUGUUCCGAGGAGGUCUCUCAUCAGCAGUGUCUGGGGAAGACGUCUACUUCUUUUCGUCGUAAUUUCAGCUCUCCACUCUUAAUCAACGAGCCUCAGUCCAGCCCGAAGGAGACUCCAGUGCUCCCUGUAGCUGGUCCUAGGGGUAAGGUAGACCCUGUCUAUGAGGCUCUACGCUAUGGAACCUCGCUGGCCCACUUCAAUCGCUCCAGCUGUAGCAGUGUUUCGGAGUCGCCCACCCGCAGCCUGAGCGAGAGGGAGGAAAGAGCAGAUGACCCAGAGGGCAGCAUUCAAAGCAGCGAAGAAAGUCCCAGUCAUCCAGUAUUUCCAACGGAAAGUGAGGUGGCAACGAGCGAGGACGCCCGCAGCGUGUCGAGCUCAGCAUCUGGAGGAAGGGUUCGGAAGGAAAUCUCUUCCAUGUAUAGCUACGUGGCUCUCUAUAAAUUUCUGCCUCAGGAGAUCAACGACCUUCCAUUGCAGCCCGGUGACAGGGUUAUGGUGAUGGAUGAUUCUAACGAGGAUUGGUGGAAGGGCAAAUGUGGAGAUCGCACUGGGUUCUUCCCUGCAAACUUUGUACAGAGAGUGCGGCUGGGGGAGACCGUUUGGAGGUGCACCGAGUCUUUUCAGGGAGUCAAGGACCAGGGUCAGCUAAGUCUGAAAGAGGGGCAGAUUUGUGUCGGCGUCGGAAAGCCGGAAACCGAAGGCUUCAUUAAAGUGUCCAGCGGGAAGAAGAAGGGCCUGGUGCCCCAAGAUUGCUUGGCAGAAAUCUGAAGUCCGUUAUUAUUUUCAAAGACACCCGCAGCUCCCCGAGGACGGCUGCAAACACAGGACGGCGUGAAAACGCACUCAGGCUUUGCUGACGCCACCGCUAAGAGGGAUAACACCAAGAUAACCCAACUCCUGAGUGCCUCGCUGUCCUGGCAGCCACACGUCGCAGAGCCUUUAAAUGCUGCGCAGUCUUUUUUGUCCCUGUAUAGAUAUAAAUAAAUAUAUAUAUAACUAUAUAAAUGUGUAUUUUGCAAUAUAUGCCACCAGGUGUCUGUGACAUCAUCACUCAGGGCCAACUCUUCAGGGAAAGCCACUCAGUGACCUCAUGCCAGAGCUUACAUGUCAACGGCGUCCUCCCUCGAUUAACCUUUUCCUGUAAACACGUUGCCAGCCUGGUGGUAGAGGACGGAUUCCUUCCACCGCAGUGCACCUCAGGAGUUGGGUUAUCGUCACAGUCACCCCUUCCAUUACAUCACGCCCUGCGCGGCGAACGGCCGAAUGUAUUUUUACCUAUUUAUGGAGAGCCGAUUAUUCUGGUUCACGCUCAA